AUGGAGCCGCUGCUGGCCGCAGGGCGCCCGAGGGCGGGGCCCCGGACAAGCGAGGCGGGUGGCUAUGGUGUCCCGAACACCGAGUUCAAGACCGACACAAUCAAGAAGGAGACCUCGGCCCGGGAGCUCAACCCAGUCUGGAACUUCAAGCAGCCGAUGCCCGACGCCGCCCCUGGCUGCACCAUCGAGUUCGAGGUCUUCGAUUGGGACCGCUUCACCAAGGACGAUCCUCUCGGCAAGGCCAAGCUCGAGAUGAGCCAGGAGCCGUGCUCCCCGGACGAGAGCUUCGAGGCCAUCGCCACCUAG